GAAUUAAAAGGGUGAAUAAGAUUCUCAUAAAAAAGUUAUUUUAUCUAUUGAUUGACUCAAUUGUGUUGAUAAAAAAUAAUGGAUGCUGAAGAUUUAUUAGAAACUGAUCCAAGUGAUAUAUUCGAUACUGGGAAAUGGCUACCGAAUUGCAAUAAACUGACUUGCGAUAUUUGCGAUCAAAAAUUUAGUAAUAAACUAAAAAUCGUACUUCAUUGGUGUACAUCUCAUGGCUACAAGCUGUGCAGUUUUUGUACAAAUUAUGCUUUUAAAUAUGAUUCAGAUAAAAUCCAGCACGAACAACAACAUAUUCCUUUUGGUUGUUCAAAUUGUGAUCAUGAGUUUAAUAGUAUUAACGAGUCGAAUGUCAGUGAGCAUUAUAAGGAAGGACAUCAAUCAUUUCUCUGCUCAUACUGCUCAUCUGUAAUCCAGCCAUUUUCUAAAUAUCCAGAACAUGUUGAAAAAAAGCAUAGCGUAAAUAACUAUAUAGACUUUUCUAGUAAUAACAAGUUGUUCAUUUUGGAUAGUGACGAAGAAAUUAAUCGUGAUUCAUUCUUCAAUUGUCUAAUGUGCAAUAAACGGAAACGAAUUGACUUGCUCUUUGGACAUUACGUCUUUUACCACAAUAUAUCAAUUCAUUCGCUAAAAAAGUUCUUAGAUAAAAUACCAGAAAUAUCUAUAAACGGAUCUGUAUUAAGUGCUGAUGAUUCUGCUGAAAUUGAAGAGACCGGAAAUACUUUGAAAGAUAUGUGUACUGUUUGUGAAAAUCCAUUUAAAUUUGAUGAAAUUGCAAAAGAACUUCAUAGUGUAUUUUGUCAGGGAUAUAUUGUGUGUAAUUUAAAGGACUGUGCACAAGUUUUCGAGAAUAAGAAUGAAUUGAGCCAGCAUUUACAUUCAAAACAUUCCUCAUUGAGCUGCAAAUAUGGCUGUAAAGAGACUACAAUAUUAAAUCCACAGGAAAUUAAUGAUCACAUGAAAAAUCUACAUGACAUUGUCGAAUGCUUCCUAUGCAAUAUUUCAAAUAGCUCUGGGAAUAUUAAGAAUCAUCUGAGAGAAAAGCAUAGUGUCAAUUUGAUGACAUAUGAGAAAGCAAUGAAUACAACAACCUCAAAGCUUUAUCGAGUGGAAAAUUCAUCAGAUGACUUGAAGCAAGUGCUUUGUAAUUUUUGUGAUCAUGAUUUAACGGAUGAAAUUAAAGAAUUUUCGUUCAUUAAUCAUUAUCAAAAUGAGCACGAGAUUAGUUCAAUAGAAAUUUUAAGAAACUUGGAUAAAAACCCAAUAAUUGACGUUAUUUUAGAUGACAAGAAAUCAAAGAUUGACGAAGAGUGUUUAAGUAAUUUUAGCAUCAUCAAGUCUUUGGAUAGAUUGAUUGAAACAGAUUUCGAUACAAGUAAAGUUUGGUGUGUUGGCGUUGAGCAUAUAGAAGAGAAACCGAUAUUGGACGACGAUGAUGAAAUUUUAAAAGCUGUUUUGAAAUGUGAAUUUUGUAACAACUCUUUCGGAGACACUUGUGUCUAUUAUGAACAUUUAAAAGAUUAUCAUGGAUUUAAACUUAUCAAUCUUGACUCUUGCGAAAAGUGUAAAAUUCAAAAUUCGGAAACAUUGGUCAAUGAAGACAACAAGAACUUUAAUUUAGCACUAAUAUGCCCUCUCGAUGCAUCAUAUCAUGUCACGAAGGAUAAUUUUAAGAAUCAUAUGAUUUAUGAGCAUUCCGAUAAUAAUUUGACAUCUGAUUCGGUAUUUUAUAAGUGUUAUGUAUGCAGUUUUGCAUAUAAAAAUCUUAAAGAGGUUCGUGCUCAUUUCAACGAAAACCAUCCCGACAUAAAAAUGAACUAUUGCAAGUUAUGUCGAUACCGAUUAACUACUGAUGUUGAUCAACAUUUUGUGAGAAAUCACGCUGAAGAUUUAAAGCGUGUUCAGAAGUUCUGUUGCAAUCUCUGUAAAAAGGAAUUUAAAAAAAUGGGAACAGCUAAAAUGCAUUUUGUCAAUUCUCACCGAAAAAAAGAUUUAAGAAAGAAGUCAUCCUUCAAAUGCCAAUUUUCACUGUGCAAUAAAGUUUUUGAUAAUAAGGAGGAUCGUAAAAUGCAUCACAUAUUUGCUCAUCCAGACGAGAAAAUGUUUGCAUGCAAGUCAUGUCCUCUAAAGUUCUCAACAAAAAGCAGUCUAAGCAGUCACAAUAUAAUUCAUAAGAAUGUAAUCAACACUUGUGAAUUUUGCAGCAAGACAUUUUUAAGACGCGACAGUUUCAAGGAACAUCUUCUCAUUCAUUCAGACACUAGACUUAAAUGCAGCUUUUGUGAAAAACUCUUUGUCCAGAGAAGUAAUCUUGUGCGCCACGAAAGAAUUCAUUUGCAGGAAAAGCCAUAUGUAUGUACUUGGGAGGGUUGUGGAAAAUCUUUCUCAGAUAAAGGUGCUUGUACUUCUCAUGAAAAAGUACAUACAAAAGAAGAAAGUUCCAAUUGUGAAAUUUGCGGGAAGCAUUUUGCUCGUAAGCAGAAACUUAAAUAUCACAUGAGACUUCAUACACUGGAAAAUGUUUUGACUUGCGAAUGUGGAAAGAUCUUUCCCGAAAGUUACUCGUUCAGGAAACAUCAGGAGAGUCAUCAAAAUAAAAGUCGUUGCUUAAAGUGCGAAUAUUGUAAUAAAACCUUUCGAUCGGCUAAAUCAAAAGAUAAACAUGAACAGUCUCAUAAUAUUGAAGAGCCUUCAGAAUCUACUGUUCUCAGCGAUACAGAAAUCCAGUGCCAUUUGUGCGAUUCAAAGGAUUUAAAGCCAUCAAACAUCAGGAACCACUUGAUGACAGCGCAUGCUAUCGUAGAUGACAAUUUACAGAAGAGUAUUAGCACAGAAAAUACGACAAUGGAAACCUCAAGUGAAUUCGUUUUACAGUAGAAAUUAAAAAAAAAAUGGAUUAUAAAUUAUUUGAAAACCUUUUUUACUAUUGAAAUGUCAACUUUUCAAAAUCAUCUUUUGAUGGAAAAUCGUCAAGAAUUAUUAAAUUACAUUUAGAUUUGUUAAUAAUGUUUUCAUGAAAACCAGCCCAAUAAACUACAAUGCCAGCUCCGAAUCUAUUAUAAUAGGACUGAAGUUGAUCAUUUAAAUAUCUUGUAUGAGAUUCACAAUCGCCAAAUGAGGCUUUACUUUCGAUCCAAUUUAUUAUAGUAUUUUUAUACAUUGACUGAACGGCUAAUAAAAGGUCCGGAGUCUUGUCAAAUCCAUCACGUCGAAGAUCACCUUCAUCAUAGAAAAUCAGUCCAGCAUCUCUAGCAAGUUUCUUCAAUUUGACUUCGUAUUCUUCACCUACAGUAUAUCUUACCAUAUCCACAAUAAUUCCGUCUUGACUAUCAUUAAAAAUACACGUA